GGGGGCGCCGCGGCGCGAGUCGCUCUCCUGCCCCCUCCCCCAGCUCGGCCGCCCUCCGCUUUGUUCCGGGCGCGGCAAGAGAAGGCGAGGCUGCGGCGGAUCAUGCCCAUGGUGUAGCCGCCAAGCGGAGGCAUGGCUGCCGGAAGGUUACUGCUCUACACGGGCCUCUCGCUAGCGCUCUGCGCCCUCGGCAUGCUGGCCGUGGCCAUCUGCUCGGACCACUGGUACGAGACGGACGCCAGGAAGCACAGGGACAGGUGCAAGGCUUUUAACACCCGCCGGGUCGACCCCGGCUUCAUUUACAAUAAUAACAACAACUUGCCGCUCCGGGCGAGCCGCUCGCGCCUGGACCGCUGGGAGGGCAAACUCCUCCGGGCCCGGAAUCGCCGGCAGCUCUUCGCCAUGAGCCCCGCGGAUGAGUGCAGCCGGCAGUACAACUCCACCAACAUGGGCCUCUGGAGGAAGUGCCACCGGCAGGGCUUCGACCCCGAGAUCGCCGCCCUCAUUCGGAAAGGAGAAAUUGAGCGAUGCACCUACAUCAAAUACCACUACUCCUCAGCAACCAUCCCCAGGAACCUCACUUUCAACAUCACGAAGACCAUCCGUCAGGAUGAGUGGCAUGCCCUACACCUGCGCAGAAUGACGGCUGGCUUCAUGGGCAUGGCGGUGGCCAUCAUCCUCUUUGGCUGGAUCAUCGGUGUGCUGGGCUGCUGCUGGGACCGAGGCCUUAUGCAGUACGUGGCAGGGCUGCUCUUCCUCAUGGGAGGAACCUUCUGCAUCAUUUCACUGUGCACCUGUGUGGCCGGGAUCAACUUUGAGCUGUCACGCUACCCACGCUACCUGUACGGACUCCCCGAUGACAUCAGCCAUGGCUAUGGCUGGUCCAUGUUCUGUGCAUGGGGGGGCCUGGGCCUCACACUCAUCUCGGGAUUCUUCUGUACCUUGGCCCCUUCUGUUCAGCCUGUCCCGAGGACCAACCACCCUAAAUCCAGACCCGAGAAUGGGACAGUGUGCUAAAAAACAAACCCAUACAUACAUAUAUAUAUAUAAAUAUAUAUAUAUAUAUAAUAUACAUAUAUAAAACAAAACUAAAUCAAGACGAUGCCAGUGCCAAGGUAGAGUUGAGUUGGCUCAAGCACCUGCAUCUCACCAGACUUCGUGUUGCCUCAUCUCUGAGAUGGGGAAAUUGUUCCCGUCCUGUGGCUCUUCCAUCAGUUUUGACUUUUGGCUUCAUGGUCUCUUGAAGACAGAGCAAACACCACCUCUUGCGACCAUGUCCUGAUCCCCAUCACUGGCAAGGACGGGGUGGUGAAGGGACAGUGACAGGGGUCUGAGGCGGCACAGAUGUAGAGAAGGAAGUGCCACCCACUGGGCCAACAGGAGAGGACGCCACCCCCUACCAGUCAUAUCACAGGGUAACAAAGCCCUUAGUUCCUAGAAUGGAACCAAAUCAUUGAGGCCAUUUUCAGAAUCACUUCUUCUCCUGCUCUUCCUGUUCGGACUUCCUUCCAGGCCCACCAGCAACACACAAGGAGUGAAAGAGAAAACAAACUGAGAAGGACGUUUUCUCUUUGCUGCCAAACUUUUGGACAAUGUUUCAGAGGUGGGAAGGGAAGAGAACAUGCUGAGAGGCAAGAUCUGCAUCAAUGAAAAGACGCUUCGGUGGAUGCUCAGAAAACCCAGUCUUACCUUCCAGCUGCCUUACACCCAGUGAAACAAGAGGCCACCCUGUCCCCAGCCGCACCUGCACUCCCUGGGCCGACCGGAGCCUUGGAGUCAUGCUGUGAUGUGUGUGUGUGGGUGUGCGUGCAUGUGCACUUCGGGCAGUUUCCUUUUUUUCUUUUCUACCUUUUAAAUGGAAAUACUGCAUUAUGACUGUUGUCUCUCUAUCACCAUAGUGGUUUCAUGGCCCCAAAUAGAGGCCCAGAGACCUAGAAAUUGUCAUGAGGGGCAGGCCUAUAUGGGUGUCAAUUCUGCAGCUACAGAUCCCUGGAGGGGUGUGUGUGUGUGUGUGUGUGUGUGUGUGCGUGUGUGUGUGCGCGUGCGCGCGUGUGUGCACGUGCGGUGUGUGUGUGUGUGCAUGUGGUGGAUGUUUCCUGAGUGUGGGGUUUUAUUGUUUGUGUUGUGUUUUUUUAAAUUAUUAUUUUUGGUACAGCUGAAAUUUCCAGAGGGCAGAACCAAGAACAAAGCCACUGGGCCAGAGGACCCCCGUGGUUCUCCACAUUACAGCUCUGGGACUCUGCAGGAUUUAGCCCUCUAAUUUUGGAAGCUCAAGACACAGCUGGGCACAUAAGCCAUGAGAGAAGAGGGGGACACAUGGUUUGGGAGGGAGAAGGCGUGUUCCUCUGGUUGCUGUUGUACAAGAGCAUAGACCAACGAGACCUUCACUCCCCAUUAGAGAAGCUGUCCUUUGUCACUGGACAUCUGCCCUUUCCCUAGGGGUGACCUCAGUACGAAUGAAAGGAAGUGGGUCACAUGCAGAGAGAGCACCUCCAUUUCCCAUGGGCUCAAGUUUGCAUGAUAUUGUGUAAAUUAAUGCAGAACUCUUGACUCUUUCCAUCCUCUUUCUUUCCCUCUUGAUAUUCAAGGCCAUGAAUCCCAAAAUAGCAGUCUUAGUGGCUAGCACCCAAACAGAGGUGGAAUAAAUCCACCCCAGUGUCUCGGGCUCAUUUAAGCAAAUUAGCACUGCAGGUGCUGGCGAGCAAAGUCAGCCAGAGAAUUGUGAACGCUCUAGGGGUGGGAGUCUGCUGGAGUGGGCUGGAGCCACUCACAGUCCUCUCAGUGACCCUGCUGGUGCCCAGCAGCCCUGGGGAGACUGGGCGAAAGUCCCUGAGCUGGUGUAGCCAUGGUCAACCCUGCAGCAGAGAAUCCCAUUGUUUCAUAAACAAAUAUGCUUUGGGAGCUUUGCCGAGCACUCAGCAGCCUUCCUUCCACUGCUGUGUGAUCUGCUUCAUUUACCUGUCUUCCAACCCAUCUUCCCACCACCCUCCUCCUCUUCUCAACUGCUAACCACUUACCUUCUCUCCUAUCUUCCACCCUCAUCUGCUCCUUUGAAUUUUAUGUGUGUAAUUCAUAUCUGGAUAUGAUAUGACAUCUGAUGUGCAUGAAUGGGGUUGAAUGCAGGUCUCUCCGUAUGUGUAUCUCUCUGGUGCAUUUUGUGUACGUUUGUGUCGGUAUGCACCUGCACGCAGGUGUGGGUGCACUACUCAAGACUUCCUUACUGGGGACGCUGGUCAGCUUCUGCAAAAGGUCUCAUGUGUGAGUUCCUUGUGUGUGGGUGUGCUGGGUGAUAGGGUAAGGUGUGCAAUGGGAGAAGUUGUUAGCUUCCAAUUGGGGUUCUAAGGAUUAUUUUUAAAAUAAAGGAUUUAUUCUAUGAGAAGGGAAAUAAUUUUCAGGAAAACCCAGUUUUUCAAUUGGGCAUCUUAUUUUUAAUUUUCUUUGAAAAGUUAGAUUUCUCCCUCAAGGGGAAGGGCAUACUUGGGCUUAAGGAAAAGUGAAGAAAAGUAUCUCAGAUUGAGAGGCCUCGUGUCUUCCUUCUAAGUGUCCUGAAUGGGCUCUGCUGAGGAAGGGACAGACAGGUGUCCAUGAGCAUCCAGUUGGCACAGAGGGCUUGUCUAUGCCCACACUGAAAUCCCAGCUAUUUCCCAGUUGCAGGAGAGAGGGAGAAAAUUGUAAAUGGGGAAAUUUGCUAUGAACCAUUUAAACUUUUUGUAAGUAAUCACGUUUGAGGAUGCUGGCUUACAGAACUAUCAUUAUUUAUAUCCUCUUUUUUUAAAAUCCCAUACUUUCAACGAGUAGAUUGUCUGCUGUAUCCAAUUAGUUAUCUUUGUGACAGACCUUUAGCAAAGCUUACUGCAUCCCUUUGAAACCUUGAGUGUCCCAGGAAGAUGUAAACCACCUGGGCUCAACUCACCAUCUGCAGAGCAGGGAUUUUGAGUGACUUCUUUGAUAGCAGGGCAGAUAAGUACAAACACACUUUGGAAUCUGAUCCCUCUGGGAAGCAAAAAAAACAUGCCCAGCCACAUGGCUAGAAUAGAGGGCCCAUUCAGCGGGCAAGUCCUGGCCAAUGGGAGGACUGCCAGGUGACCUUGAUCUCUCUUAGCAUAAGGGCUUGACCACAGAUUAAAACAUGUGAUUCCAACCAGCUAUGGAAGCUCUCUGGCUGUGAGGGAGAUGAGGAGGAAGAGAGGAGCCUCGAUUUGUGAGGCUCUGUAGGUCAGACUCUGCUAACUCCAAAUCAUAGAACCCAACCCUAUGAGGGAAUGUAGGGCCAAUGACCUCACCAAAGUUGCCAGUCCCAACCCUAGGUCAAGUUCAAACUUCUUACUGGUAUACGAACAUGUAUGUGCUCUGAGCUCCAUGCAAGUCCACCUUGAGCCUGCAGCCCAUUGCAACUCUUAUUUCCUUCCCCACCCUACUUCACUGGGAUUCAGGAAAGUGGGGUGUUCUACUGAGAGAGGUCCCACAUCUUUCUCUCUUUAUUUUGGGAGUUAUGAUUUCUUCUGUUUCCUUCUCUCUCUCUCUCUCUCUCUCUCUCUCUCUCUCUCUCUCUCUCUCUCUCUCUCUCUCUCCACUCACUCCUACUUUCCUCCUGUGUCGACUUUGGUCAAUUAAGAUAGAUGAAUGAUUCAUCUGUAGAGAAGCUCCUAGACUCCAAGCAGCCUCCUUCCUUUGUGGCUGUAGGUCUGUGGCUCCCUGGCAUCAAAAUAUGAAAAAUACAAUCUGUGCCUGUUCCAGCUUCAAUCAUCCAAGCCUUAGCUUUUCAACAACCCUACCCUUUCAACUUCAGGGAUCAUGGAAUCACAGAGACUGGGCAGUUCCUCCAAAUCUAGACACAGCCUUUCUUAAGCGCCCUGAGCCCAGGUGCAUAUCUUUCCAUCAGGGGUGAGUGGCCCCACCUAGCAAUGCUUGCCUCUCCUAUGACAAGAGGGAAGGAUAUCCCAAGACUCUGAGACUAAGCCUUAUAUCUCAAUAUUAAUCCACACUCAUGAUAAGAUGCCGGAAACAAAUGCACCGUGUGUAGCUGUCUUGACUUAGUGGGAGGAUGUGCUGCUUAGGUCUCCAGAGAUGCCUACCUGGGUCAAAUUCAGAAUAAGGAACUCAAGUACAUCACCCAGAGGCAUCUCUCUUCACCUGGCUUAUGCGCUGAGUAUUAACUGAUUUUUCAAAUACCUGGAGGAAGGAGUGGGAAGAAGUAUACUCUGGUCAUCCUUUGGUGUGGUUUAUGGGGCAUACUUUGUUGAUUCUUGUAGUUAAAGUGAAGCUUCUUUUCUGAAAAUGUUCCCUCUCUUAUGGGGACUUAUCCAACCCAGGGACACACCCAGACCUUUUCAGGGAAAUAUGGUGUUUCAGAGUGACAGGUCAUUUCAGUGCAGAUAGAAAUAGCUGGUCCACACUAGCAGGUUGCUUCCAUGCCAUCUUCCAGCUGGUGUGGGAUAGAGUAAGGGGGCAGAUUUUUAAGAACCCCCACCAGAGUUGACAUACACAUGUGAUUUUGGUUUCUGUUUCUCAAAGCUCUCAAUGUCUGGGGCUGUAUUUGCCCUCUUUUCAUUGAUGCUGCCAUGAUGCAAAAUGUUUCUUAAACAUUGCUCCUAGUUCUUAGAAUAUGUGAUUACUGAGUAUUGGGAUUCUUUCCUGAAUAAUACCUUCUCGUUGUAGAAAGUGAGCAAAAUAAAAUACAAAAAAGACUACAAGAUUGUUCAUAAUCCAGUCACUCUGAGGCAUCCACCGAGGGCCCAGUCGAAAUGGUCAUGACCUCAAAACUUCCCCAGUGAGUAUUCAUCUCUGGAUUGGCAGCUGGGGCCAUAUGAGCCGUGCACAGCCACAGAACCACACUGGUCUGCAUCAAGUUGACUCUGUGUUCCUGGCAGCAAGAGUGCAGGGUCCUGAGCCCCCAAAGAGAGCAAAGAGGCCUAAAAGUUUAAUGCCAGGCCUUACGGGCAGGAUGGAGCAGGGAUAAAAGAUUUCUAUUUUGGGCCUGUCUGCCUGCUUCCCUUCCUUUCUUCCUUUCUUCUUCUUUCUUUCUCUCUCUCUUUCUUCUUCUUCUUCUUCCUCCUCCUCCUCCUCUUCUUCUUCUUCUCUUUGUUUUUUUUGGCAGAUGCCAUCUCAGUCUAAUUAUAGGUAUAAGAAUGCUGAAGCCAGAGUAACUCACUCAUUAAGCUACACUUGUAUAACAGUUACUGUAAAUUUCACUACAGCUCUGCACUAAAAUGAUUUAUGACUCUGGGCACUGUGUCUUCUCCAUACUUGAACUUCCUCAUCUACAAAAUGAGGACAGUGAUAACACCUUACCUCACGGCAUAUUAAGGGUGACAAAGAAAUUGCAAAGUGAUUUGCAAACGUGAAGUGUCAUAUGAGUUAUGUGUGUUCUAAGUAUCCCUGAGAAGAGCCCCCGCUGGAAUGGAAUUCUUCCAUCAAGUGUCUGUGCUUCGCUGCUGAACGAUAACCCCGAGUGCAAGGUCAUCUUGGUUGCUGAACAGGGCUGUGCCUGUCCCACUUAAGCACACUCAAGGGAUUCCAUUCUUCAUUCAGGCCCCCCAGAGAAAUUGGCUCCUUAUUUUACUUUACCUAUUCCUAGACUUCCUUUUGUCCAAGCCAGUUUUGCAAAGGGCACUUUUAUCCAUCUCAGCUAUUCCCAGAGGGGACAGAAUGAGUAAACCAUAUGGGGCAAAUAGCAUAUAUGAACUAAACCAGUUAACUAUUAACCAAGGCACAUGGUCAAUGCCUUAGUGUUUUUUUAAACUCUCCUAACAUUAUUUCUAGCUGUGUAUUCCCAAAUGGAAUGAAUGGAAGCAAAUCAGAUUCUGAAAGGUUUCAAUGAUCUUUCAAGUUUAGGAUGAGACUGAGUUUCAGGGAGCUGGGAUCUUUCUCUUGUCAGUUGCUGAAGCCAGUAGCUGCAUCAAAAACAUAUAGAUUCUUAUAAGGAAGCCCGUUAGAUGGUACAUUCACUAAGACAUGUCUGGAUGUGAUCCUGUUGGGAAAAACAGAAUCCUAGGUUCUAAACAAGAAAAGAACGCCCUUCCCAAAGGAUCCUCACACUUUCUGCUUCGCAGAGGAUCAAGUGUCCAUGUGAGGGUUAGACUUCCUCCAAGGGAAGGGAAGCCAUUGCUCUCUCUAUAGAUAGAGCCCAGCCAGUAACGGGGAGCCACCCAACUGCAGGGGGGUGUAUGUUCAGGUGUGUGUGAAAAACAGAAAACUGUGUCUGAACGCAAAGAGUUGCACAGCAGUAGCUCCGAAAAGCUGGCAUCUCAUUGGCAAACACCAACCUCAGCAAAUGCAAGUCCUACUCUUCAUUCCCAAGGACCAGGUGUUGCUCCUUAAGGAACUCUGUAUCCCUCUCUCCUCUCCAGAACCCCACUCCUCCCACUGGCUGAGCUUUUCCUUUCCUUUCUGGGUCACCCAUAGACCCUCUCCAGUCUGUCUGUACCAGUGCAUCUGUGUUGUGAGCGUGACGAAGCCUUUCCUGUGAAGAGCUUUCACAAACUCAUUCUCAUACUCCUUCCCCAUUUCCACCCAUGGUGUGACUGUUUUGCUAUUCAAGACUAACUGUAAAAAUGUACAAAUAAAAGUGGAAACUGAAAAUAAAGGGGAGGGAGAUUGAGACUAAACAAAUGCAACGAUGUAGCCCUCAGUUUUCUGAGGACUGAUGUGGAUGGCCCUAAAAUCCUGACUUAGGGUGGGCUUUGAAGGGAGAGAUACCAUUGGCACAGGAGGAUUUCUCUGGUUGUUUCUCUCACAGUCACCAAUGUCUGCUUAGAACUCUCUGUUCUAAAGGUUUUUGCCUGUAAAGUAAAAUGUACUUCCCCCAAAAUAAUAACAAAUCAUCAAUGUUUGGAAGGUUAUGGCAAAGGUCAACAUAGCUGACUCUGGGGUGGCAUGAGUGGCCCUGCCAUCGGCUCACUCGGGGCCUCGGGGGAGUCUCGUUACCUCACCGUGUCUCCACGUCCUCUCAGGCAAACGGGGAUCAGGGGCUUGCAGGGCUCCUGGGUGCCCAGUCUCCUUGUAUAUUUUGCUGCUAUUUUUAGAGAGACUUUGAGCCCUUGCCGGUGUGUGCUUACUGCGUAGAGGUUAUUUAGGAGACGUUUUCUCUCUGCUACCCCCAGCCCCUGCUUUUGCCCCUCAGAAAGUGACCUCGCACUAACAGCCAGUUUGCACUCAGAGUCCAGAGCCUUCUAUAUACCUUCUCAUUCUCAGAUUCCUUUUCCCACCCACUUUGAUGAUCUCAUUUUACUAUCUAUCUCUACUGACUGAGCUUUGCUGCGCUGGGCUGGGGUGGGAGAAAGAGCAUCCAAGGAGAUGACGCGUGUGAAUUGCUUUGUGAUUUAUGACUCACCAUAAAAACGUGGCUUGUAGUGUCAGAAGCAGGGAGUCAGGCCAAGGGAUGCUACCAAAUAAGAAUGAAGGCAGCAGAGGCAGUGGUGGCGUGGAGGCAGUAGGCAGAAGAUGCGGGUUGGGAGCAGAGGUAAGAUGAAGGGAACUUUGGGAAGGACAGAUGGCAGAAUCACCAGAGAAUCCUCAGCAAGGCUGCAGAGAAGGAUCCUCAAAGCAGUAACCCUAAACUAAUAGGAAGUAGGAAAGAGGAUCAGGGAUUAGGUAAACCUGCAGCACAAACAGCUGCCUCCCUGCAGGACUGAGAAGACCCGCUGCCCCAGAGAGGGGAGGCACACUGAGCUUGGCCAGUGACCCAACCUCUCACCACCCCAUGACUCGAGGCACCUUCAAUCCCAACUUUCCUCUCCUCUGCUGGUUCUCAGCGAUGACCUGUGGGACCAGCUUCAGGAAGGUGGUAUAGACCAGCGUCAUCCAGUGGAACCAUGAUGCAAGCCACGUAUGCAAUUUUAAGUGUUCUAGUAGCCUGAUUUUUUAAAGUCCAAAGAAAGAGCUAAAAUCAGUGAAAUUAAUUUUCAGACUAUAUUUUAACCUAACAUAUCAAAAAUAGUAUCACUUCAACAUGGAAUCAAUACAAAAAAUUACUGGGAUAUUUUACAUUCUUUUUUUCCAAAUGAAGUCUUCAAUAUCCAAUGUGAUUUUCCUCUUAGAAAACAUCUCAGUUCAGCCCAGCCCCAUUUCUAGUGUUCAAUAGCCACACAUGGCUACUGGUUGCUUUAUAGGACAGCACAGACUGAGGUUCUUCAUUAGGAGAUGGAUAGCAUGGUCCUCUCUAGUGCGUCACUCUAGCUCUUGUCAUAGCUGACGGAGGCAGGAGUGAGUCUUGCUGUGUUGCCCUAGAGUAGAAAGCACAGAACUAUGUCGAGGCUGCUGUCUAAGCCUCUGGAAGUUCUGCUUCAGCUGUUUAGUAAGAGGAGAUGAUCACUUCUGUGGACUACAUGUCCCAUCUGCCCGCAGAGGAUGUUGGCGCUGCCCCAGCCAUGUCCCUGAUGACCUGUCCAAGUCCUAGAGGCCAAAGCAGGUCACAUUCUUCAGCUGCAGGAAUGUCAGCUACUGCCACCCCAUUAUCCAGAUCCCUUUAUCAUACAGUGGGGAAGGGGCAGGCAGGCCUUCUCUCUGUCAAGAAUAAAGAUCUCUACAACAUUUCGUUAUCUGGUCCAGUCACCUGCUAAGAUGAUCUCACCAAUAUUUGGAACUGUUUCCUCAAUCCCUUAAUUUUCUUAAAUAUUUAUCUCUACUAAAAAGGAGAUACCCUGGGAAGGGCAGUGGCCACAGGCAGACUGGGUAUCCUAGGAGGUGGCAGUGACGGUGACAAGUUCCACCCCUGCACUGGGACUCAGCCCACCACUGCCUACCUCUCCUCCCUGCCUGGAAACCUUCCUCUGGAUUGAAGAAACCUCUUUUGUUUGCAAAAAAGAUAAGUGUUGAGAUCUUGAUGGAGAGAACAGAAUAAAAUGCAAGAAGCCAGUCCCGGGGCAUUCUCAAAGCAUUUCCUCGAGUCAGUACGACAAAGUUUGAUUGAUUUAAAAUAUAACAUUCUGAGCCCUGUGUUACUGAGUGAAAAUGAGCUGAUUUGGUGAGUAAGUUUUAUAUAUGGUCAUUAGACAGGGACCAUAGCCAACAAAACCCUUGAAUGCCUGGAGUGUUUAUGGCCCACCAGAUAUUUGCUCAGUCAAUAUAAAUUUAUUUACCUUUAAUUUGCAUAGUGCUUUCUGAUUGGUCAGACAAGGAGUGGCGUGUACUGCAGGAUUCUAACAACACCUCUGCCCUUGGAGGUAGCAAUUCCUGUGGUUAUUGGUGCUAAAAUAAGACUAAAUAUUAUGUCAAUUUGUUCUGAUACGAUGUGAAUAAAUGUGUUGUUUAAUCUUAACAAGAAUGCUACAUCUUAUCAGAUCUAUUGUACUGUCUGUUCCUUCUCAUAAUUAAUUAAUUACAGCAAAGGUGAUCCAAACCAGAUCUUGAAACUAUUGUGAUAUUCUGAGAGGUAAACUUAUCAGGGAAGUGGGAGGGGGGAUGAAAAGGGAAAUUGCCAGGUUCCUGUGACUUUGAAAGGACUGAGGAAGCAGAAAGCAUUUGGGGACUUCACUGAAACUGACUGCAUCUUGCAAUUUUCUUUUUCGAAUUGGCAGAAAUAUUGUAUUUCCAUCGAUUGAAGAUAAACAAGUGUCUGGUAAUUAAUUAAAUGACUUGUUCAUGGAAAAAAUAAAAAUAAAUAAUCUGUCAGUUGUGGAAUGUAAACUGAUUAAACAAUUAAAUAAAGAAGAUUAUGUUGUGUGUUUUAAAA